CAUCGUGAGAAGAAAAUCGAGAAAAACAGAGCGGCAUUCUUACUUCAAACUGUCAAAGUUCAAGAAAAGUGUGUAAGCUGCCAUCUGAAAAAACUUCGUGGUUUUGCGGCUGAUAAUUUUAUCAGUUAAAAGCUGUUAUACUGCCUACAAAUUUAUCAAAUACGCAAAGACAUUCUCACAGAUUUGAACAUGGCUUUCAUUGAUCUCUCCGGUGAUGGUGGUGUCCAGAAGCAGAUUCUACUCGAAGGAUCCGGUGAAGAAACACCGUCCAAUGGGUGCAACGUUUCAUUGCAUUAUACUGGCACGCUGGACUCGGAUGGGAAACAGUUUGACUCGAGCCGGGAACGCAAUGAGCCCUUCGAGUUCAAGCUUGGACAGGGAUCAGUCAUUAAAGCCUUUGAUAUGGGAGUGGCCACGAUGCGACUUGGAGAGAAGUGCAUUCUGAAGUGUGCACCGGAUUAUGCUUACGGAGCAUCCGGAAGUCCUCCAAACAUUCCACCGAACUCGACGUUAAAUUUUGAACUGGAAAUGCUUGGGUGGAAGGGUGAAGACUUGAGUCCGAAAUCGGACCAAAGCAUUGAACGUUUCGUUCUGAAGGCUGGUGAAGGUAAAAAGACACCCAAUGAUGGUGGGAUGGUUAAAAUUCAUCUAGUUGGUCGCUAUGACGGACGUAUAUUCGAGGAACGAGAUGUAGAAUUUACGAUUGGCGAGGGGGAAGAAAGCGGCAUUGUUGCCGGGGUAGAGAUAGCCUUGGAAAAAUUUCGCAAAGCAGAAACUUCCAAGCUGAUCAUAAAACCGCAGUAUGCCUUUGGAGUCAAUGGAAAACCUGAGCUUGGUGUGCCUCCCAAUAGCACCGUUGAAUAUGUGGUUACGCUCAUUGAGUUCGAACGAGAGCCAGACAGUUGGAAACUAGAUGACAUACAACGAAUGGAACAGGCCAAAAUGUUCAAGGAAAAGGGUACGGUCUAUUUCAAGGAUAGUAAGUUUAAGCUGGCUCUUAAGAUGUACGAAAAAGCAUUGGGUUUCCUUACUAGUAGUGACACUCAGGAAUCGAAACAGUUUCAACUUCUGAUUCAUCUGAACAAAGCUUUGUGCCAUCAAAAGUUAGAAGACCAUGACGAAGCCAAAGCUGCGUGCAACGAAGCUUUGAAUAUCGACAGCAAAAACGUCAAAGCAUUAUACCGUCGCGGGCAGUCCAAAUUGGCGUUGGGUGAUUUUGAAAAGGCCUUCGAUGACUUCAAUGCCGUUCGAGAGAUUGAGCCAGAAAACAAAGCCGCUCAAAAUCAGGUGGCGAUUUGUAAACAAAAAAUCAAAGAUUACAAUGAUCAACAGAAGAAAGUAUUUGCAAACAUGUUCACAAAGUUUGCCAAAAGUGAUAAACAGCGAGAGGAAGAGGAACAAAGCAGACAACCGGAUGUUAUGAAGCAAAAUUUCGGAGAAUGGCGCGAUGACGAACGUGAACACGAACCGACCAGAUUCGAACAGGAAAACCCAGAUGUCAUUAUGUUGAACGAAUCGCUUAAGGAUUUCAGAAACAUGUAAAAACAGUAACUAUCCAACCUCACCUUCCCAUUCCUUUAUUGAGGCCAUCGAUUUUCAGUGAACUUACGCGAUGUACGCGAAAACAUUUCUUAAUUUUAAAUUUGGUACAUUAACAGAAUGCUUCUGGUCAGCAAAUAAUACACAGUAGUACGAAUAGCA